AUGGACAAACACCAGCAAUACGAACGUGCGUUUAAUCAUUUUGAUGCGAAUGGCGACGGGAAAAUAUCGGCUUUGGAGUUGCAGCAGUGUGUUAACGUUGUCGGAUCACUAGGCCGAGGAGGAGAGUUGUCGUUGGCAGACGCAGAGGUGGCUGUCGUUUUGAUUGACUCGGAUGGUGAUGGAUUGCUUUGCUUUGAGGAUUUCGUGAAAUUGGUGGAAUUUGGAGUAGGAGAAGAAGAGAAGGCAGAUGAUUUAAAGAAGACGUUCAGGCUCUAUGAAAUGGAGGGGAGUGGAUGCAUAACACCCAAUAGUUUGAAGAGGAUGCUUAGUAGAUUAGGAGAGAUCAGAACCAUUGAGGAUUGUAGUGUUAUGAUUAAUCAUUUUGAUCUCAACGGAGAUGGGGUGCUUAAUUUUGAUGAGUUUAAGGUUAUGAUGUCGUGUUAA